AUGAAGCUUCUCACAUCAUGUCAAAGCCUCAGUAGCUCCGAAAAUUCAGCCGGGGCUGAAAUCGCAAAUACAUUGGACCGUGUGAAAUCAAUAUACGCCGCAAGACUGGCUUUGUGUGAACUUUCAGGGGCUGGAGCCACGAUCCCGCUGUCAUGCUCGUCGAUCCGAAUUGCUCCCGACAGAAUACGUAACGAAUCCGCAAUCGACCCGAUGGAUAUUGCCGAUGACUUCGCAGCAUCUGUUAUCGAGGGGUGUCUUCGGGGGUUAGAAUCUCGACCUCAGUGGUGGACGAGUUACAGCAAUAGCAGACAAAAUGCGAUUGUCAUUUGUCAGGCGGCGCGCAUUGAGAUAGAGAAGGAGGACAUGCUGAAUCUACACCAAUCGCUUGCCAAGAAUGCAGAAAAUUUGCACUCUGCUUUACAGUCGGCUUUACAUGAUGCAGCUGUUGAGAAUGCUCAACAAAAGGUAUUCAUGGAAGAAGUACACAAGCUGAGAAUUCAGCUUACCACCGAGCUUCAAGAUGACAGUGGUCGAACAAGAAGUCUUUUCACCGGCCUUCUCCGUGAUUUUGAGGGAAUCCUGAGCGCAAGCGUUUCUAAAACUCUUUCAUUUCUGAAAAAUGUGGAGGAAGACUCUUUUCUAUUGAGUCAGGGCAUGCAUAUAUCAAUUGCAGAUGUUGCGCAGUUACGACAUCAAAUCAAGGAAAUAUACGAUGAUUUAGAACGCCAGAAUUCUGAGUUCAAAGACAUGCAGAGCCAAAAUAUUAGAGACAUGGAGUCCAACCAUGAUCUAACACUCUUCAUGCAAGACUCGUUGGACAAUCUGCAGGAUCGAGUUUCCGGAGUGGACGGGGCGCUCGAAUGGUUGGUUAACCGUUUUGCAGCUAUACAUCAACAAGAAAGUCUCAUUCUAGAGAAACUGCAUACUUUCGAAACCCACCUGGAAAAAUCCGAGGCGCGUGCGACAAAACUUCUUGAAACACAGCUUCAUCACGCCAAAGCCAUCGAGACGCAAGCUAAGGCUCAAGAAGUUUUAGGCGCAAAUACAAAAAUCGUAUAUGCCCUGCUUGAGAAGCUUGCAGCGCGUGCAGCCAACCUCGAAUCCAUGCUAGAGGAGGCAGCUUACAAGUUCAAAGGCCUGCAAGAAAUGGACAGUAUAUUUGGCCUAAACAUGUCACUGUGGACUGUUAUUUCGUUACUCAUCACCAUACUUGUCGUUCAGAAUCCUCAAAUGGCGGGUAUCCUAUCCAUCUUUGCUGGAUUUGCCCUGCUCUCCAGGGCUGUCUCAUAUUUUACGCCCUUUCAUCUGUCGUCGCUGUUAAAUCGGCUUUGA